CAUCGACAUCACCGCCAUGGUAGACUACAAGCGAUGGAACAUGUUCUUGGAUGAAGUCAAAGGUUCCGAAUUCGAUGCCUACAGAAAUGUACAUGAGCAUUACGCUUAUAUUUUCCAUAGGAUGAAUCUUCCUUACCAGGCCAUAACGUCGACAUCGUUCAAGCUGAAUAUCCGACUGGCUAAAAUCAUCAUCUGCGAGGAGUGGAACAAAAUGUUUAACGACAACGCUGACCACAGGACAAUUACCCGGCCAGAUGUAUACCCCGACCGAACAGUGUGUGUUAAAAUUUGGUGAUGGUUCAUUUGAUUGUAGGCAAAAUAAAUACAAACACUACUGUAGACAGAUGAGAUGCUACAAUACUACAUCACAACGGUGCAGCUCUGCUGGAGCGUUGGAGGGGACGAGUUGCAUGGACGGCAAGCUAUGCAAGGAUGGAGGCUGUAGAAAUGAUGCCACUGCUCCUAAAGUGGAUGAUGACUGUGUAUAUGGAGAUGAAACCGGAGGAGAAUUUGAACAUAUCUCGUGUUCUUCCAUAAUUCAAGCCUUCCCUGGGUGGUGCUACAAUACCAAAUACUACAAAAACUGCUGCGCAUCAUGCAAAAAAGUUUACAUGAAGAAAAAGGGUUGUGAGUAUGGAGAUAGGUACAGAAAAUGUGCCGCAGCAAUGUGCCAUUAUGCCUAUCAUGAGGAGAAACGUCUAUGUUGUAAAACAUGCAACUACACUGUACCAACAAACCAACCUAAAGCAACUACAGUAUACACAACAUCAACAAUCUCCCCAACAUUGACUGUACGUACGAAAACUACAGUUAAAACAACGACAGUGCCUAAAAAUAUUCAAAAAACUAACUAGCAACUAGCACGCUUACAGCUACACUUACAAAAACAC